CUUCAUUAGGCAUGAAGAAAAGCCUCACCUAACCUUUCCAUUGCUGUUGCGGGCAAAUGUCACUGUCAGACCUCCCGGGAGUUUUCUCCAUAUCAAUGGACAACCAGCCAUGCCGAUUAAAAACCUCGGGACCCACGUCGGACCUGGGAAAGAGAGGAAAAUGGGAGGCGAAGCAAUAGAAGAAGAAGAUGUCGAUGAUCCGAAGUCAAGCUUAAUUUGCAGCUUUGACUCUUCAGAUGAUCAUCUCAGAAGGACAGGUACAAAAUGGACAGCAGUGGCACAUAUAGUAGCAGGGGUGAUAGGAGCAGGGGUGCUAUCCCUAGCAUGGAGCAUAGCCCAGCUCGGGUGGAUCCUCGGUCCUCUCUGUAUCCUCCUGUUUGCUACGAUUACUCUCAUUUCCUCAGCUCUUCUUGCUGACUGCUACAGACAUCCCGAUCCUGAACAUGGACCUAUCAGGAACAAGUCCUUCAUGGAUGCUGCUAAGCUCUACUUGGGUAAGAAGGACCAGUUGAUAAUCGGAGUAAUGGCACAAGUGGGCUUAUACGGAGGAGCUGUUGCCUACACCGUCACCGCUGCUUCCAGUGUAAACGCAAUUCUGAAAGCAAGCUGUCACCACAGAGAGGGACCCGAUGCUCUAUGCGAAUAUGGGGAUAGUUUCUAUAUACUCCUCUUUGGGUUCAUUCAGAUACUGGUCUCUCAGAUACCCGAUUUCCAUAGCAUGAGAUGGCUCUCAGUGUCAGCUGCUGUUAUGUCCUUCUCAUACUCAUUCAUCGGUAUCGGACUAGGACUAGAAAAAGUUAUCGAAAAUGGAACUAUAAAGGGCAGCAUGACAGGAGUCCCAGGUUCUGAUCUAUCUUCGAAAUUAUGGGCAGCAUUCACAGCACUUGGAGACAUUGCUUUCUCAUAUCCGUUCUCGCUCAUUCUUCUCGAAAUCGAGGACACAUUGAAGUCACCUCCACCGGAAAACAAGACGAUGAAGGCUGCCUCAGUGACUGCAGUCUCAAUUACCACAUUCUUCUACAUUUGUUGCGGAUGUGUUGGGUAUGCAGCCUUCGGCGAUGACACUCCAGGAAAUCUCCUCGCAGGGAUUGGCUUCUAUGAGCAUUAUUGGCUGGUCGGGUUUGCGAACGCCUGCAUCGUGUUCCACUUGGUGGGAGGAUAUCAGAUCUACGCUCAGGCCGUUUUCGCGACAGCAGAAAGAUUGUUCACAGAGAAAUACCCAAACAGCAGGUUGCUGGAGAAGUCCUAUUCGGUCCACUUUCCCUGGCUAUCCGCCCUCAGAACAAACCUCUUUAGGCUCUCUUUCCGGACAACAUACGUUGCAUCAGCAACUGCCAUAGCGAUAUACUUCCCAUACUUCAAUUCCGUCAUCGGAGUGUUGGGGGCCGUGAAUUUCUGGCCCCUUGUAGUAUAUUUUCCGGUGGAGAUGUACUGUGUCCAGAGGAGGAUUGAAGCUUGGAGCAGAGAGUGGAUUCUUCUAAGGGCAUUUAGCAUCACCGGACUAAUCAUCUCAGUCAUGGGAACGAUUGGUUCAAUUGAGGAGCUAAUCAGUGCCAAACUCAGCUGAUAAACUCUAAUGGUACACGGUUACGGAUGAUAUUUUCACAUAAAAAACUAUAGAUUUCAUUGAUCCAAUGAACAAAAGGGUACGGAUGGACCGGAAUAUGAUAAGGGAGAGCUUGACGGUAGAGAAGUCGCUGAGUACAUUGACGGACAGUGCAGUCACGGUGAUUACCUUGAAGCAGCGUGUCCCGGGCCAGUAGGACCGGAUCGGGAGAUCGGUCUAUCGAGUAUCGAGCAAUGUAUAUAUGUAAAUAUUCCAUCUAACAUUGAAUAUGACUAAGGGAGGGAAUCCUAGAAAAAAAAAUGUGAACUUUGCUGUGAUGUGAGAUUGCAGCCUUAGGCCUCAGCUGGUGGAGCCCAGUGGGCCCUCUGGCCCAAAACUGUUGUCCUUGAGACCUCAGCUGGUGGAGCCCACUGGGCCCUUUGGCCCAAUUUAAUUCGUUAAUUUUGUUGAAGGUAACAGUGUAUGAAUAUGCAAUGGUGGAAGGUUAGGUGGGAAGACCGGCAGGUCGAAUUAUUUCAGAUACAAAAUAUUUAAUUUCUAUUUUAGAUAA